UGAGCAAAUGAUUAGUUUUAGGAGGAUGGACUAUAACAUUGAAUCAAUUACAAAAUGCGGGGUUUGAGCCCAUUACUGUUGGAGCUUGAGGGAGAGAAACAAACAGGAGCUGCGGGCGAGUGCUGGAGGCUUGGGGCUUACUUUUUACUCCGAGCAUAGGAUUUUCCUUGCCAAGUGACAUAGGAGAAGGUCUCAGGAGCUAUGGGGACCUCCCACCAGGCCUUUGUGGUCCUCAGCUGUCUCCUCACAGGGCCGAGCCUCACCCUCUGCCAGCUCUUAUUACCCUCGAUCCUUCCGAAUGAGAACGAGAAGGUUGUGGCGCUGAAUUCGUCCUUUUCUCUGAGAUGCUUUGGGGAGAGUGAAGUGAGCUGGCAGCACCCCAUGUCUGAAGAAGAGGACCCCAACGUGGAAAUCAGAAACGAGGAGAACAACAGUGGCCUCUUUGUGACUGUGCUGGAAGUGGUCAACGCCUCGGCGGCCCACACCGGAUGGUACACUUGCUAUUACAACCACACUCAGACAGACGAGACCGAGAUCGAGGGCAGGCACAUUUACAUCUACGUGCCAGACCCGGAUAUGGCCUUUGUGCCCCUCGGGAUGACGGAUUCUUUAGUCAUCGUGGAGGAGGAUGACUCUGCCAUCAUACCUUGUCGAACCACAGACCCGGAGACCCAAGUAACUUUGCACAAUAACGGUAGGCUGGUGCUUGCCUCGUACGACAGCAGGCAGGGCUUCAACGGGACCUUCAGCGUGGGACCGUACAUCUGUGAGGCCACUGUCAAGGGGAGGACGUUCAAGACUGGAGAAUUCAACGUUUAUGCAUUGAAAGCGACGUCGGAGCUGAAUCUGGAGAUGGAAGCCCAGCAAACUGUGUACAAGUCAGGGGAGACAAUCGUGGUGACCUGUGCUGUCUUUAACAAUGAGGUGGUUGACCUUCAGUGGACUUACCCUGGAGAAGUGAGAAACAAAGGCAUCACCAUGCUGGAAGAGAUCAAACGGCCAUCCAUCAAACUGGUGUAUACUCUGACGGUCCCCAAGGCCACUGUGAAAGACAGUGGAGAUUAUGAAUGUGCUGCCCGCCAGGCCACUAAGGAGGUCAAGGAAAUGAAGAAAGUCACCAUUUCUGUCCACGAGAAAGGCUUUGUUGAGAUCAAGCCCACCUUUGGCCAGCUGGAAGCUGUCAACUUACAUCAGGUCAGAGAGUUCGUGGUGGAGGUGCAGGCCUACCCGACUCCCAGGAUAUCCUGGCUGAAGGACAACUUGACUCUGAUUGAGAAUCUCACUGAGAUUACCACUGAUGUGCAGAAGAGCCAGGAGACAAGGUAUCAAAGCAAAUUAAAGCUGAUCCGGGCUAAGGAAGAAGACAGUGGUCAUUAUACCAUUGUCGUUCAAAAUGAAGACGAUGUGAAGAGUUACACGUUUGAGCUGUCAACUCUAGUUCCUGCAUCCAUCCUGGAGCUCGUGGACGACCACCAUGGCUCCGGCGGGGGGCAGACUGUGAGGUGCACAGCUGAAGGCACGCCCCUUCCGGACAUCGAGUGGAUGAUCUGCAAGGAUAUUAAGAAAUGUAAUAACGACACUUCAUGGACAGUUUUGGCCAGCAAUGUCUCAAAUAUCAUCACCGAGUCCCAUCGCCGAGGCAGGAGUACUGUGGAGGGGCGAGUGUCCUUUGCCAAAGUGGAAGAGACCAUCGCAGUUCGAUGCCUGGCAAAGAACAACCUUGGCACUGGCAACCGAGAGCUGAAGCUGGUGGCUCCCACCCUGCGUUCUGAACUCACAGUGGCGGCCGCCGUGCUGGUGCUGUUGGUGAUUGUCAUCGUCUCUCUCAUUGUCCUGGUUGUCAUUUGGAAGCAGAAGCCACGGUAUGAAAUCCGUUGGAGAGUCAUUGAGUCAAUCAGCCCCGAUGGGCACGAGUACAUUUAUGUGGACCCGAUGCAGCUGCCUUAUGACUCCAGAUGGGAGUUCCCGAGGGAUGGACUGGUGCUUGGUCGGAUCUUGGGAUCUGGUGCAUUUGGGAAAGUGGUUGAAGGCACAGCCUACGGAUUAAGCCGGUCCCAGCCUGUUAUGAAGGUGGCUGUGAAGAUGCUCAAACCCACUGCCAGAUCCAGUGAAAAGCAGGCUCUCAUGUCUGAGCUGAAGAUAAUGACUCACUUGGGACCACACUUGAACAUUGUGAAUUUGCUGGGGGCCUGCACCAAGUCAGGCCCCAUUUACAUCAUCACUGAGUACUGCUUCUAUGGGGAUUUGGUCAACUAUUUGCAUAAGAAUAGAGAUAGCUUCAUGAGCAGACACCCAGAGAAGCCAAAGAAAGACCUGGACAUCUUUGGAUUGAACCCUGCAGAUGAGAGCACAAGGAGUUAUGUGAUUUUAUCUUUUGAAAACAAUGGUGACUACAUGGACAUGAAGCAAGCCGACACCACACAGUAUGUCCCCAUGCUUGAAAGGAAAGAGGUUUCUAAGUACUCCGACAUCCAGAGAUCGCUGUAUGACCGGCCAGCCUCCUACAAGAAGAAAUCUAUGCUAGACUCAGAAGUCAAAAACCUCCUUUCAGAUGACGACUCCGAGGGUCUGACCUUGCUGGAUUUAUUGAGCUUCACCUAUCAAGUGGCCCGAGGAAUGGAAUUUUUGGCUUCGAAAAACUGCGUCCACCGGGACCUGGCUGCCCGCAAUGUCCUUCUGGCCCAAGGGAAAAUCGUGAAGAUCUGUGAUUUUGGUCUGGCCAGAGACAUCAUGCAUGAUUCUAACUACGUGUCAAAAGGCAGCACUUUCCUGCCUGUGAAGUGGAUGGCACCCGAGAGCAUCUUCGACAACCUCUACACCACGCUGAGUGACGUCUGGUCUUAUGGCAUUCUGCUCUGGGAAAUCUUUUCCCUUGGUGGCACUCCCUACCCUGGCAUGAUGGUCGAUUCUACUUUCUACAAUAAGAUCAAGAGCGGAUACAGGAUGGCCAAACCCGACCACGCCACCAGUGAAGUCUAUGAGAUCAUGGUGCAGUGCUGGAACAGUGAGCCAGAGAAGAGACCCUCCUUCUACCAACUGAGCGAGAUCGUGGAGACUCUGCUGCCUGGACAGUAUAAAAAGAGCUAUGAAAAGAUUCACCUGGACUUCCUAAAGAGUGACCAUCCGGCUGUGUCACGCAUGCGUGUGGACCCUGACAAUGCAUACAUUGGCGUCACUUACAAAAAUGAAGACGACAAGCUGAAGGACUGGGAAGUCGGCUUGGAUGAGCAGAGGCUGAGUGCAGACAGCGGCUACAUCAUUCCUCUGCCGGACAUCGACCCUGUUCCGGAGGAGGAAGACCUGGGCAAGAGGAACAGACACAGCUCCCAGACCUCGGAAGAGAGUGCCAUCGAGACAGGCUCCAGUAGUUCCACCUUCAUCAAGAGAGAGGACGAGACCAUUGAGGACAUCGACAUGAUGGAUGACAUCGGUAUAGAUUCCUCAGACCUGGUGGAGGACAGCUUCCUGUAACCGGCAGGUUUGGGCCUUAUCUUCUACUCCCGGAGCCUCCUUGGGAUCCCUUUAAGAAAACCACUUCAUUGCAAUGCAGAGGUUGACAAGCAGACCUGGGUGAUGUGGAAAGAGAAGUUCCCAGCCAAGGGCCUCAGGGGAGCCUCUGUGGAUUGAACUUUGUCCGUGUUGCCUCUUGCAAUGCGUCAGUAGCAUCUCAGCGGUGUGUGAAGUUUGGAGAUGGACGGACAGGGCACUAACAGGCCACAGAACACAAGCUUUGUGUUUCCAGGGCAUUUGGUGAGACUCCC